AUGCGCUACUUUGCACGCCGGGAGCCCAUGUCCGCCUCGGUGAGAUACAUGUUGUGCUCCGCGGCGUUCGCCAAGGAUGCUGGGCUCAAGGCUCUGGUGCAGAUGGUCCUCGACGAAGUCCCCGCCCAGAAUGCUGCUGCUCGAGGCCCUGCGCCGGCUGACUGUAGCAGCUCAUGGGAUAUUAUUGAGAAUGACGAUGAAGGCGAGCAAAAGGGGUGGCGACAGAGAAACGCUAUCGAGUUCACGGCCUACAUCAAGGUCCUGUUCAAGAUCGAGAGUAUUGUGCCUGUUGCCAUAGACUGGAAGGCUGCUGGGGACGCAACCGUCGUAGAUCUCGACGGCUCAGCAGGCCACGACGACAUCGCCCUGUCCAAAGCCUACCCCGACCUCAAGAUCGCGUGCAGGACCUUCCACAAGUGGGCCCCGUAUUCGAGAAAGUUACCAGCCAACCUGAGAUCCUGCGUAUUGUUCCUGGCCCGCAGCCCGCAGCCCGUGCCCGCCGACAAUCUACACCUACAAGUUGAUUCUACACGACUGGCCAGACGUCCAGUCGGUCGCCAUCUCAAGGCCCUAGUUUCUGCGCUCAAGCCUGGCGCAAGGGUUGUGUGAGUUGGCCAUUUUUUGGUAAGAACGACACGAGCGAGGCGGCGCUGUUGCACUCCACGAGGACCUUUGGGACGGCUACGGAUAUGCGCAUGACGUGAUGGCGCUGCUCAAUGCAAAGUAAAGUCCCAUUAGUGCGUGGAAGCAGAUCUUCGGGCAAGCGGAUGAAAAGUAUCAGAUACUACGCACAGCAGCAUGCAGAGAUGAAACAAGGGUACUGAUCUUAUAACCCUGAUUAAUAAUUUCUCAUCAAUGAGCUAUCUGUUUCUUCCUCGAUUGCGCCCACGGCAUCGAGCAUCGCCAUACUCAUAUCAUCCUCCUACUUGAGGGCCAAAGUCCAGUCAUAAAGGGAUUAACCAAAAGCUGAAUAGAAAAACAAAACACUACUCUCGAGGACUAAACCCAGCGAAUCCAUAAAAAUACUCAUCAGCAGAACCCAAAAUCCCUUUUCUCGUCUACGCACCAACCUUGAGCGGCUCAAUAUUCCAAAUCUCUUCGGCAUACUCGUUGAUGCAACGGUCGCUGGUGAAGAAGCCCAUGCGUGCAACGCUGGUGAUGCACUUGGUGAUCCAGCCCUCCUGGUCACGGUACGACUCAUCGACCAGCUUGUGCGUGUCGAGGUAGCUGCUGAAGUCAUCCGACACAAGGUAGUAAUCGCCGUGAUCCUUGAUGGCGGCAAUAAGACUGCCAAAGUUCUGCGGCUCUCCAAACUUGCCGGCCUGGAUGGCGUCAAAGACCUUGAGGAGC